UGCAAGGAGUGGAAUGACCUGCCGGGCUGGAACUGGUUUUACUGAUUACAUCCAGAUGGGCGUGUCAGUUUGGAUAGUACUUUAAGCUGUGCAUGCCGAUGGUGUUGCGCAGAUAACCACGGAUAGCGGAGCAGACCCUCUACCUGUCUCAGCAGAGAAGAGAUGGCAUCAAAAGGUCUCCCUCCACCUGUUACCCACACAGAACCUGACAUACCAUCUGGAGCAAAAAUAUUUAGAACAGUGCCAUACAUUUUUAUCCUACCAGAGUUAAUAUUUGGAUGCUGGGUCUGGAUCCUCGUAGCUGCCACCACAGUGUAUUUCCCUAUGCUGCAGGGAUGGGUUAUGUACGUCUCACUGAGUUCAUUUUUCUUCUCCCUGAUGUUCCUGUUGUGUUACCUGUUUGGAUUUCACAGAAACAGUGACUCGUGGAAAGUAGUGGAUAGUCUGUAUCAUGGAGCCACUGCAAUUUUCUAUAUGAGCGCGGCGGUCUUACAAGCUAAUGCAACAAUCCGCUCGGAGACUGAAGUGCUUGCACAAUAUAUUCCUCUUUACUAUCAAAUCAAUGUCGCUGCCUCUUUCUUUGCUUUUAUCACGGCUUUGCUGUAUAUUUUACAUGCCUUCAGCAUCUACUACCACUGAAGGCUGCUGUCAAAGACAGAAACAGGAUGACAGACAUGCAGCAGUGACACCCGGACUUUGUGUACCUAAAACAAUGGUUUAAUAGGAUUAAGAACAUAAUUCAGUGUAAAUAUAGAUCAUUUGGAGCCUGGCGCUGCUUCAUUUUAAUUUUCAAAGAUAUUUGUUUUAUAAAUCUAUAAAUCUUAAUUUUUAUACAGUAUUGUGUAUUUUCUGUCUGAAAGCAGUAUCGUUUGGGGAAAGCUUAUUCACGCAGUCCUCCACAGCAUAUUGACAUCUUCUCUUCCCCACGUAUCACAAUGUCUCAGCUUUUGGUCAUGUCCAAAGGCUCUCUGGCUGUAUGGUCACAUAUGCUUGGGGUAGGGGUUGCAUGAACUAACUUAUUGGAAAAUAUAAAGGUCUCUUUGUUUUCUUAUGACA